AUGCUCAAGUUUUUGUAUCCGGAACUAAGGUCACUUGAACAACCUCUGGCCAGCGGAAUAAUACCCGAAUUGAUAACACAAGAAAAACCUCGGAACUUCGUACUUAACAAUUGCAUGGCCAAAAAAAUCUGCAGAUGCUCAUCUCGAUGUUUACGCCUUCAAUUCACUUACUCUUUAUAG